AUGUUUCCUGUUCCAUCGAAACUUGCUCUACAAAUUCAUUAUAUACCUGCAUCAUCAUCUGCAGUAGAAAAAUGUUUCAGUUCAAGUGGUUUUAUUAUUAAAGAACGUCGAACAUCAUUAAGUCCUGAUCAACUCUAUAAUAUUAUAGUAAUUAGGUGGACUUUAUAUUACCAAUGGCAAAAUCAACAUAUCAGUUUAACUAUUCAACUACGAUCGCGUAGUAUUACUUCUACUACAGUUACAUUUCAAGUAAUCAUUAUGCUUAUUGAUGAAUAUGGGUCAAACGAAGGUAAUUACCAAAAUCUUUAUCAAAUAAUUAUUCAAUUCGCAUUGAUAUUUAUAAAUUCAUUACAUAAAUUUGGUUCAUAUUGCUAUUUAACACAUUUAAUUUGUCAAUCAACAAAUAAUCCAUGCCACCAUAAUGGCAUUUGUGUAUCAAAUAAUGGUCGAAUUGAUUUAACAGUAUUUAUUUGUUUUUGUUUAGAACAUUAUGUAGGUAAUUUCUAA